AUGGCUGGUGACCUCUUUCGAGAUUUGCCGCCCCCGACUGAAUGUCAAGAGGCUUCGACUCCUCAGGACUCGUGCCCGUUACCUCCGCCUCCUGCUUCUGCACUGAAGACCGCCCUCAAACGUCCCAGCUCACACUCGCAAGCUGCUCCUGAAAAACGUUUGCGGUUUAAGACAACAACAGAUGCCUCUGAGAAACAAGUUAUUGAGGCCAUGCAGAAAAUAGCUUCACACAUAAAGAAUCCAUCGAAGUUCACCAAGGCAUCGAAGCUUGCAAUACAGCUGAUUCAGGCUGGUAGUGUCAAGGAAGAAACUAGCGACUAUUUCUUUUCUAUACUUGAAGCUUCAAUGUCUUCUAUAAAAAAUUGCAAUGAGCCCUCCGUGCGUGCUGAUUAUCAUGCACUGUUCUCAGCAGCUCAAGAUGUAGCUGAAUGCCUUAAAAUGGAGCAGCGAAAAUUGUUGAGUACAUGGACGAUAAGGGCUGUUUCUGCAAAUGAUCUGUUCACUGAUGAUAGCUUUGUAUUCUCGAAAGUAACUGGAAGAAUAAAAGAUCUGAUUUCAGCCCUUCCUUUGGCAACUAAAGAAGAUGAUACAGAAGAAGCUGUGGCCCUAAAAUAUGAGACUGGCGAGUUGAAUGCUGGUGGACAGCUCAACAAGGAACUCUCUCCUGUUACAUUUGGGGAAGAGGCUGAUGACCCAUUUGGACUGGAUGCACUGAUAUCAGAGGAAAAAACAAAAGGGAAACAGGUGCCAUUGUCAAAUGCCGUAAAAGACGAUGAACAACGGAGCAGGAGAUUUCUCAAGUUACAGAGAGAGGCUUUGGUCAGCUGUUUAGAGAUUGCUGCAAAGAGAUACAAAAUGCCAUGGUGCCAGACGACCAUUGACAUCUUAGCGAAGCACGCAUUUGAUAAUAUUGCAAGAUUUACAACUCAACAACGGGAUGCCAUUUCGAAGCUUUGGGCCUCGAUUAGGGAACAACAAACUCACAGAAAACAAGGAAAGUCCGUGUCUGGGAAACUUGAUGUAAAUGCCUUUGAAUGGCUUCAGCACAAGUAUGCGAAUGACAAGAUCAGCAUUCGUCAUUCAGUCGGAGGCAGUGGAGAUCGUCGUUGUCAACAGUGGCUUGGUUAA